UCGAUGAUAUCCCCUUCACUGCUAGGCUAGGAUAGCCCUGUGAUUUCAAGUCUAACAAGGGUCAACUGGCUUUAAGAACAAUGUAUAGAAAACUAUGGUCUAGGACUGGCUUUAUAUUAAAAUGCGUACAGCCGGUUUCCUUUCGGCAUGAACUUGACAAGCAAUGACCUCCAUAAGUAAUGUGAUACCGCUUGGCCGUCUGUGCGGAGUAGCGCUGCAGUAGAAAAUAGAAAAAAAAAGUGGGAGUUUGGUGCAGACACCAAACUUGAAAGCGACUUUUAUAUUGAAGCGGAGCCGGACUGUUUGUGCUUUCCCGCUCUAACUUGCAUUCUUGCCAUAAACUAAGAAUAAUAGCCUAAUAAAGACCAGUUCGAUGGUCAUUGCAUAAAUGUUGGCGAAGUACGCUAGAGUAUUUCUUUCUUAGGGAAAGCAGUUGGAGGCAGUGAUGGAGUGUCAGACAUUCAGAAGUCAUCGACAAGGCGACUCCAGUGUUAUAUUCUUCACAUUGUGUGUGAUCAGUGUUUUUUUAGCAGGGAUGCAAGAAAUCGCGGCAUUCCCCACCUGGAGGAUUGAGGAAGAAGCUCAUCCCUCUGGGGUCUUGAUGUUUGGAAUUCGUAAAAAUGCCCGUUCUCAAGUUCUGCACCUCUCCAGGAACAAGCGCUACACCCUCACUCCAGAGAAGCUGAAGUGGGACAAAUUCAAGCUCACGUACAAGUUGCUGUCCUUCCCCCAAAACCUGAUGAAUGAGAGCGACACAAGGAAGGGGUUCGUCAAGGCCUUCCGCAUGUGGAGCGACGUCUCUCCCUUCAGCUUCCGGGAGGUCCCGGCGUACGAGGAGGCCGACAUCAAGAUCGGCUUUUACCCUAUCAACCAUACUGACUGCAUGCAGUCUUAUCUGCACCACUGUUUCGAUGGCAUCACCGGGGAGCUGGCCCACGCAUUCUUUCCCCAAAAUGGAGAAAUACACUUUGAUGACCACGAGUACUGGAUUCUGGGAAACAUGCGUUUCAGCUGGAAGAAAGGGGUGUGGCUGACGGACCUGGUCCACGUGGCGGUUCAUGAGAUCGGCCACGCCCUGGGCCUCAUGCACUCGCUCAACCCCAUGGCCGUCAUGCACCUCAACGCCACCCUGACGGGACGCAAGCACAUCACGCAGGACGACGUGUGGGGCAUAUUCAGACUCUACGGAUGUUUGGACAGGCUGUUCAUCUGUUCUGCCUGGGCCCGUAAGGGAUACUGCGACAGCAAGCGAAAGCUCAUGCAGAAGCACUGUCCGUCCAGCUGCGAUUUCUGUCAUGACUUCCCUUUCCCGACUGCCGCCCCGACCACCAUCCCCCCCAGGACCAAACACAAGCUGGUGGUGGAGGGCAAGAACCUGACCUUCCGCUGCGGAAAGAAGGUCGCCGCGAAGAAAGGAAAAGUGUACUGGUAUAAGGACGGUGAGCUCCUGGAGUACUCUCACCCCGGGUACAUCUCCCUGAAGGACGACCAGCUGAGCAUCGUGGCCAACGCCAUCAACGAGGGCACGUACACCUGCAUCGUCCGGAAGAAGCACAAAGUGCUGACCAACUACUCCUGGCGGGUACGCGUGCGCUUCUGAGGGGGUGGGGGUGGGGGGGGGCGCGCUACCACGGCAACGGACAAAGCGAGAGACGGGGGGCGCGCUACCAUGGCAACGGACAAAGCAAGAGGACAGACCCUUACCACUCACCUCCACUAUAAUCAGGCUAAAAAACCUCACUCUAAGCUGGGCACAUAUUUCAAAAAUGAUAAAUGAAAAUUGUCAUUGUUUUAUUCAGGUUUUUUUUUUUUCUUUUCUUCCAGUUUUUGUACAUGCUGAUGCCAAUUAAAACAAUUUUAUUCUGUCACUUGAUACGUGUUUUCAUGAAAUAUUCUAACUUUUGGAGACAAAUACGAAUUUGCUAUAUUUAUGAGGUUUUAAAACUUCCAAAACCAGAUAACUCGGCUCAUGUCCAAUUUCAAAAAUAGUUAAAAUGGAGGAUAUUACAUUGCUAUAUAGUUGAGUAUCAAGCAGGAAAAGAAAAAAUGAACAUUUGCAUUUUAGACGCCAACAACAUCAAAGGGGAACAGCUAUUGAACAGCUCGUGCUCCUCUCAUAAAAUGUUUUGAAAAAUUCAGACAGCUGUAUGCAUCGUGCAUGGCCCAUCAAGCACGUGGCCACAACCGCAUAUGGCAUUCGAGUCAAAUAUUAGCUUUGCAAAAAAAUACUGUAAAUAUUUGAGGGGAGAUGACAGACAGCUGAAGCAUGUCUGGAGCAUAAGGACACCCUUGCUGUCAGCAAAAAGAAUGAACUAUCUCCAUUUGUUUGUAAAUCAAAAAGCCUUGUGGCUCUCCCCGUGUCAGACACUGUUUGGUCUAGAGACGUCUGCAAAAGAAAAGAAAAGAAAAAAAAAACUUUUUUGGUUGUGCAAUCCUUGGCCCGCACCAGCUAUCCCCAUUGUUAACACAUCAAAGUUCAGCUGCUGAAUGUCACAUAAGCACUUAAAUUCAGAAAUAAAAGUCACCCCAAAAAAAAAAAGAGAAGAAAAUUAUAUAGAGCGCUAAGUCACUGGGCUGCAUUGCCAUUUCUUUUCAUUUCUUCCAGUAGCACAUGCCAAAAAAAAAAAAAAAAAACUUAAGUGGCACAACAAGAAGAGCACAAAAUUCAUAAGAGCGGUUAGAAACCUGAGAAUUGACUGGUUAAAUAAAAUUCAGAACACACUCUUUCCCCCCUCUCACAAAAGAAGGAAAAUUAAGAUCGUCUACUCCGAGCAGAACAAAGUAGCGUGUGAUCCUCCUGCAGACGGACAGUGGUGUGCCAAAGUAUGAUAUCACAUUUGGAUGUCUGCCGUCCGAGUUCGGUUCAGUGCUGGACUUUAUUAAAUAGGCUAACUCUUCUAGCUAAGAAUGCUUUAUUGCAAAUUGCGGAAACCUAUGAAAGGACCAGGUUGAAUACGUGUGUGUGUGUGUGUAGCUUCGGAUGACAAAAUCGCAGAAGUGAGAAAAUGAGAAUUUCAUGCAUACUGAACGUUUUAAUUAUGUAUAUAUUUAUUUUU